AUGUCCGAAGAAUCCCUUCUCUCGCAACUGUGCAACAUCUGCCACAUCAACACCCCCAAAUACCGCUGUCCACGCUGCUCCGUCCGCACAUGCUCUCUCCCCUGCACCCGGAAACACAAGACCUGGUCAUCAUGCACCGGCGUCCGCGACCCAGCCGCUUACCUGACGCGAUCACAACUCGAAACUGAGGCUUCAUUCGAUCGCGACUUUAAUUUCAUCACGGGGAUCGAACGCCGACUCGAACGUGCUGAGCGCGAUGCGGAGAAUCGAGGAAUCGAGUUGGAGCAUGAGUAUAUGGUGAAGAAGACUAGCGAAAAUAGCCAUGCAAGCAAGAAGAGGAAGAGGGGGCCGAAUGGUGAUAAACAAGCGCCGAGGUUGGUGAAGGGGGAGCUGGGGUUUGUGCGUGCGGCGGAGGAGGCGGGUGUCAAGCUUGUGAGGGCUCCGGCGGGUUUGUCGAGGAGGAAGAUGAAUCAUUCUAGGGUUCAUCCUAAACAUAAAUGCCUAAAUUGGAGCGUGGAGUGGAUCGUGCCUUCAACCGGUCAGAAAAUAGUCAGGCCUUGUCUAGAGACUAUACCGUUAAAAGAAGCCUACGAUCGAGUUUUCCCGGCUCCGAAAAGCGAAAUCAACAAUAUACCUGCCGACGAACAACGGCCCUCUUCUGAAGAUAUCAAUAUGAAUACAGAUUCCCAUCGCAACAUCUACUUCUACCUCCAUCGCCAUCGGGCUGCUACCAUCAACAUUGUUCUAGUCCCAUUGCAGCCUUCGGCGACGUUACGGGAUGUUCUUCGCGGAAGAAGUGUACUUGAGUUUCCUACAAUAUAUAUACUGAAUGAUGAUCUCCAUCGACAGCUACGAGAUGCAAAAACAUCGGAUGCCAAUAUGUCAGCGCCAUCAAUGAAUAAGGGGAAAUUUGUCCUGGAAGAAGUUUAUUUAAGGGAUCACCCGGACGAAGCUGGGAGCGAAAGCGGAGGAGAAGAAGCGGAGGAAGACGAGGACUAUACAAGCAGCGAGGGCUCGUCGAGUGAUGCGUCUAGUGACGAUGAUGAUGAGGAUAAGGAGGAACCCGAUUGUAGAAGCGAGCUCGAAGCUGAAGCUACGAGCGUCCUAGGACCUGGAAGUGCGGAACAAGACGAGUUGCUCGCCGAUCAAGCACAAACGGUCGUAUAG